GUUGCUCAGGAUGCAAAAAAUCUAAUUGUGCAUGGAUCAAAACUAGUGGCUGAGAGACAACACAGCACUGCAACUCAUUCAUCAGCCCUGAGCCUGCACCACAGGUAGCUCUAAGGCCUUAUCCUUGCUUGACACAUUUUCCUGUUAGUAGGCAGAUUUGCUACCUCAAGAGGCAAGUGGUUCAUAUUCCUGAGGGAAGCGCGAGGUGCUAGGAUGAAUUAGGAGGAUGUAGGUCUGGUAAUGUGGAGAACUACAGGAGCGGCUUAGCUUGGCAAAUGCUUUCGCUUUUUCCUUUAUUAAUAUACCAACCCGAAGAAGAGAAUGAAUGCUGGACUUGAUGUAACAUGUGCUUUUGUUUUAGAGCAAUUUGGGAAAGGCACCUCCUUACAAGGCCAGGCUUCCCCCUGCCAGGCAUGUGUCUCAGCUCAGGGCAGAACUUCACCUUCUGCAGAAAAGGCGGAUCAGCAGAGUGAGGACAUUGCUGUCAGGACACCUACAAGCCCCUGCGCUAGCACUGGCUUCUUUGUCUCAGGACUGGGGUCCUGAGAGAGGGGAGGGUGGAGUUUGCUUUGGAGCUCAGACAUCAGGAACCUGAGCACUGAGAAGAAUCAGGGAUGCUGUUGUGUUUUCUAGCUGCCUGUUGGAUGUGUGAGUUUUACAGCUUCUGUAGCGCAACCAGGAGGAGGAAGGAAGAGGUUUCUGAAGUUACAAGCAUAUCAGGACACAGAGACAAGUGGCUGAGAGAAGGCUGGGACUUCUGUACCUCUAACAGCAGUGUGGCAUUCGCCUAAGGUACCAAAACUUGUCCAUGCACUGUUUUGGUUGGACAAACAGCUCAGAGCUCCCCCGAUAACAGUGCAGUACAGGUGAGGCAGAGCACCCAGAAUUAUGGCAUCUUUUCCCACCACCUCCUCCCUUUUCCUUCUCCUGUGCAUACUGGCUCUUUCUGACAUCAGCCUUGUGGUCUCCCUGGAUACUGGCACGAAGCUCAGAAAUGUCCCAGAGAACAACAACCACCUUCAAAACCAAGAGCUGUGGCCACAGCAGCCCAGAAGUGGGCAUCACCACAAGCGUGGAUUGGCCAAGAAAGAGCGGGUCCAUGCCAUGCCUUCUAGAGGGCAGCCAGCCGGGGAAGAGGCCCUCAGAACGGGGAGUGGAGCUCCAGCUGUGGAAGAGCUGGCAGCGGUAGGACAGCCAGCAGCCCUGAAACAGGAUAAGGAUGUGUUCCUGGGUUUUGAAUUCCCAUAUCCUGAGAGGGAGAACCAGUCCCCAGGGUCUGAGAGGGGAAAGAAGCAGAACCGAGAGCACCGGCGGCACAGCCGCAGAGACAGACUGAAACACCACAGAGGGAAGACUCCUGAUGUUGGGCCAAGUUCCCUGUACAAGAAACCUGAAAGUUUUGAAGAGCAGUUUCAAAACCUCCAGGCGGAGGAGGCUACAAGUCUGACACCCACCAUGCUUCACUUCACUGCACUGGAACUGGCAGCUUCCACAGAAGAGCCUCCUGUUCUUCCAGCCACAUCACCGCGGUCACAGACCCGCCUCAGGCAAGAUGGGGAUGUGAUGCCCACCCUAGAUAUGGCGCUCUUUGACUGGACAGACUAUGAGGACCUCAAACCAGAAAUGUGGCCAUCUGCUAAAAAGAAAGAAAAACGCCCCAGUAAGAACCCCAACAGUGGGAACGAAACUGCGUCAGCCGAAGGAGAGCCGUGUGACCAUCAUCUUGACUGCCUCCCAGGCUCUUGCUGCGACUUGCGUGAGCACCUCUGCAAACCACACAAUCGAGGCCUCAACAACAAAUGUUAUGAUGACUGUAUGUGCACUGAAGGGCUACGCUGUUAUGCCAAAUUCCACCGGAACCGAAGAGUGACCCGAAGGAAAGGACGCUGUGUGGAGCCUGAGUCAGCCAACGGAGAGCAGGGAUCAUUCAUUAAUGUUUAGAGGGGGGGGGACUAUUUCCUGCCUCGAGGGUCCGGUGCUGGGGACAAACCAUGUGUACCUAGCAAUGGGGAUUAGAGAAAAAGUCAAGCAAAUGAUUGAAGCUGCAGGCUCUGAACAUGCCAGGCUCCAACAAGACUGAUGCUGGUGAUGAUUUAUGAAUAGAGUGGUCUCAGCCUUUUCUACACCAGGACUGCCUUCCCCUCCCUUCCCUCAGCACAUCCCUGCCAUGCAGCUGGGUCCCCCUCUCUCAGUUAGCAGGAGAUGAUCCUGACUGGCAGUCCGAUGCCUUGAGGUAGGGGAAAAGCACUUCAAUUGCAACGCUUCCUUGCAACACAGGCAAGAUAUGAAAGGUCCUGCAGGCCAAAUGGUAGAUGAGCUUAAGCUUUGCCCCUUAACUAUUGCUUGAGAAGAGUGGUAGAUGUCUGUUAAGGAUCAGAGGUUCUCAGAGGAUAGGAAGCUUGCAGCCUCCAGGUGCAAACAAAGACAGGAGUUGAAGAUGGAUUGGCAGGAAGCUGGCUGCCUAAGUGAGAGGGGACCCUCUAACAGAGCUCUUGCUCUCUCGUUCAUUGCUACAGACAGAUAUUCCCCAGCUGUUACACACUACUGCUUCCUACCUGUCUUCCUUGGGACUGUCCAUUCCCACACCUUCUUUCCUUUCUUUCUCCCAGAGAACCACCUGGUUUCUGCAAGGAUACAGCAAGAGAUCCCAGCCUGCAGCUCUCACUCAUUUGGUUAUCCUGCCAAGUCUGUUAUUUCUAAUGAUUAUUUUUAGGAGCUUUCUGGGGAAGUAAUAGUUUUCCUAGAGAGCCAAAAAUAAAGUUUUUGGUAACAGGAGAUAGGGACCGGCUGUUCCCUUGUAGUAGUACAUCCUGUGACAUACUGCAUGUGCAUUUCCAUGAUAUGUAAAUAAAGUUAUGAUAGAUA